AUGUUAACUUGGACAUGUGCUGGUUCAGGUAGAUCUGGUUUGUACACUCACUAUUAUCAUCAUCGUGACAACUGUAAUUAUUGUACACCAGAACUUGAAGAAGAAAAACAACAAAAAAUGGAAGAGAAGCAACAAGAGUUGCAAGCUUUAGAUGCUAAACAACGUCCGUGGUCGGAAUGGAGUCGUUCUAAUGAAUCUUGUAUACAACAUACCGGACAUGAUAUUGAACAAGUACAAGAACUGUAUUCUAUGUGCGAACAGUCAUUAAUAAAUUAUUGCUCUCAUAGAAACAAAGAACAUACGGACAGUACUAUAACACCGUAUUUAUCUCCUAUGAAUUUGCUUGCUGUUACGUUAUGGUAUUUAAAAUAUUAUCAUUCUGAACGUUAUAUUGCUACUGAAUUAAACUUGGGUCGUUCGACAGUAAACUAUUUAUUAUCAGAGGUUAUCAAUAUUUUACAUUCCUGUGUAUAUCGAGAAUUAAUUUCUUUCCCUGCUGAUAUAGCUAAAAGAAGAACGCCACAUGGGCCUGAACAAAAUCAUAAAUUAAUAGUUGACUCGACUGUUAUUGCAAUUCCUGAACCUUAUGAUUCAGAACAACGAAAAGCAUAUUAUCAUGCAAAAAGUCCAACAAAUUAUGCAAUCAAAGGAAGUGUACAUGAUAUUACAGUUCUUCGAGAUUCAGGUUUAUUAGAACAUGUCGAAGAUUCUGUACAAAUCAUCGAUGAUAAAGGAUAUAUCGGUGAAGAAUAUGUAGUCACUCCAAGAAAGAAACCUCAUGGACGUGAAUUAACGGAUGAAGACAAAAAUUUCAAUCGUGAUAUUAAUAGUGCAAGAGCAGCUAUUGAAAAUAUAAAUCAACGUCUCAAAACCUAUGCUAUUUUGGGUAGCAUUUACAGAGGGGCUAUUGAUGAUUUCCAUAAAAUAACUAAAAUCGUGCAAGUUGUUUCUGCUCUAUGUAAUAUGAACUUAAAUAAACAUCCUAUUCGUAAAUAA